AUGUCGAAUUAAAAUUAAUAGCAUGAUGCAAGUAUUGAUGAAAAUAAGGAAAGUGCUACUUUAUAGUCACUUUUGAGCGAGCAAGAAUCAUAAGAAUAAGGUAAUUUGUAUAACUAUUUAUUAGCUUUUUAUAAUUACAGCACAUAAAAUGAUUAACCGAAUCCUCUUAAUCAUAGCUUUCAAGAGGAUCUUAGUGCUUUUGUGGAGUAUUUUAAGGCUCCCAUAAAAUAAGGACAAUAGAAAGAUCAAUUUUCAAAAAAUAUCUAGAACAAAAAAUUAAAGAAGACUUAGUACAAAAAAAAGGUUAAAAGGAUAAAAGAAUUUCAAUAUGAGGAAGAUAUAAGACUCUUAAACUUAGUACAUGAACAUGGAAGAUAAUUUUCGAGAAUAGUAAAGUAAUUCCCUAAAAGGACGGUUAGUAUGCUUAAAAAUCGAUAUUACAAGAACUUAAGAUAUAGAUGGGAAGAAUUAUUGGGAAUGUAAUACAUAUAUACAUAUUUUAGAGAAUACACAGAAAAUGAAGAUGAGUAAAAAACAUUGAACUAAGUUGAAGUAAGUUAUACGGAUAACUAAUUCGUUAACCAAUAAGACUUAAUUAACAUGAUACCUAAUUCCUAUAGUUGUCCAAUAAUUUGCGGCAUGCUCUCUUAAUUCAUUACUAAAAUGGAUUAAUUUCUCAAAACUCAGUUUUGA